GAGAAGACACUGGGCUGACACUAAUGCUGCUGCGCCUCUGAUAAAACAAACAAACAGCCGGGGAAAUAACCUGAAAUUUGAGGGGGAAACAGCAUUGAGACACUAUGGAGAUGUCAGAGUCAGUCUCACAGCAGGAGCGGCUCCAGGCUAUUGCAGAAAAGAGGAAAAGGCAGACAGAAAUUGAGAAUAAGAAAAGACAACUAGAGGAUGACCGACGGCAGCUUCAGCACCUUAAGUCAAAGGCACUUCGGGAAAGAUGGCUGCUGGAUGGUGCGCCCUCUGCAGGACAGGAGGAAGACGAGACAACUAAACAGCUGCGGGAACAUGAGGCCAAAACCAGAGGUCUUGAGGAGACCAUUGUCAGCCUGGAGAGAGAGUUGGAGGAGCUAGAGACGGGUGUGUCUGCAACAUCCACCAAAGAAAACCUUUCAGAUGCACUUCAGGAAGUCAACACCAAGACAGUAGAAAAAAUGGUGGUGACAGAAUCUGUUAAAGUGGUGCAUGAAGUGCGCAGUGUGGAUGGCACAGUAACCAAUGGUGUUCACCAGCUGAGCUCUUCAGAGGUUGAUGAGCUCCUCCACAAAGCUGAUGAGGUGACCAUGGGCGAGAGUAGCAAGACAACGCCACGACUGGAGCGAGGGCAAGCCGAGAAGGAGGAGAAACAUGAGAAAGAUGUAACCCCAGCUGAAGCUAGCUCUACCCCCAUCAUGGAAAUCACGGGCGUAGAAGCGAAACCCGCAGCCCCGCAGACGGAAGUGAGCGGAGCCAGUGCGGAGAACCCAGUUACAAUGGUUUUCAUGGGUUACCAGAGCGUAGAGGAUGAGGAUGAAACAAAGAAGGUUUUGGGGAUGGAGAGCACGACUGUGAAGGCUGAGGUGGUGCUCAUUGAGGAUGGAGAAGGCAAAAAUGCUGGCAGUGACACCAAGCAGGAGCAGGCGCCCCCUAAUGGCAGCCCAGCAGAGGCAGAUAAGGCUGAAGAGGCAGCAAGAGAGUCUGAGCAGCCAGAAGGGGACAAUGCUGAGGUCAAGAGCAAGGAGAAACAACCAUGCAAGUGCUGCACCAUCAUGUGAGCCCAAACACACCCUCCCAAACACGGACUUUACUGAUGAAAUGCAACAACAUGCAAAGAGAACAAUGUCAAGGCAGAGAAUAAACGUUCAGUAUCUUUUGAUAAGCUGUUAUUUCUUUAAUUGAUUUUUACCUGUUUUAUAUUUUAUAUAUUACUUUAUCUUUCCCCCAUGAUACUCUCUAACCUCAUUUCAUUUUUAUUUUGAAAUAAUUAUUAUUUUGUUUUAUUUUUUGUGAAUGAAAAGAAUGAUGUCAUAUAGAAAAGUCUGAAGAUUAAACCAAACUCAACCGAUCAGUGUCCGUUCGCUUUAAAUAGCGUUUCCUUUCAUUGACUUUAUUUGACUUCCCUUUUUGCGAAGCAAAUGUUGCAUGCACUACAAAAUUUUUUCACUCUCACAUAUAAAAAGCUCAGUUUAUUAAUAAAGUAAGUUGUGAGAUGCAUUUAAUUCAUUAUCAUUUUGUUUUUUAAAGUAGGAAUAAAACCUGUGGUAUUGAUGCACCUUUUCUUAGUAUUGACAGUAUUGUUUUAAAAUGACUGAGCAUUAGCUGAGUUUUUUAAAGGAAUGUUCCAGUUUUAUUUAAAAGUUCUCAGUUACUACAGAUAAAAAGGACAAUGAAUUUUUACCCAUCCCCCAGUUUGCAUUUGCAUUGAAAUAUUAAUUUGAAUGUGAUUUUUGAAUGUGAUUAAAACAGAUUAUCAACUCUAA